AUGACAGACCGUCCAGAUUCAGUCGAUCCAACUUGGAACUUUCUUUCUGUUGUCAAUGGUGUAGCGUCUCCUCCAACAGUCGUCAUAAAUGCACUGAUUAUUUGGGCUGUCCUUGGUAAUGAAGAUCUCCGGUCAUCUUGUUUUAACAUUUUGCUUGCGGCUUUAGCUGUGACAGACUUUCUAGUGGGUUUGCUUGUCGCACCAAUCUUUUGCUUUUACCUGAGAUGUCUUGUAGGCAAUAUACAUUCGCCUUGCACUUCCACCGUUUAUAUUUUAUCAUCCUUAAUUCUUUGCGGCUUAACUCAUUUUACUUUAACUUUAGUGAGUUUUGAAAGAUACCUUGCUAUUGAACAUCCGAAUUUUUACCUUAAGAUGGUGACAGCAAGAAGGGUUAUGUUAGGAACGAUGAUUUACUGGGCAGGAAGCAUUACUCCGAUGGUCAKUGUYUUCAUUUUUUCRAUAAAWAGCAACCAAGGUAUGUUCAAAGUUCCCCACUUGGUUUUUAUUGGUUUCAGCACUCUAGUCAUUUUGUACUGCUCAAUMAAAGUACAAGUGACAGCUUACCGCCAGCGUAGAGCCAUCGCCCUACAGCAAGAAUCCGUUCUACAGCCCGACGAGCAACAACGACAACAAGAACGACUCAAAGAAUACAGGCGAGUGUUCAUGACGAGCAUAUUAGUGAUCGCGUCGAUUCUCUUUUACGUUCCUGUAGUUGUAGUCACAGUGAUACAAGCCAUCGAGGGUUCGGAUGUCACUGAUGAUUUUAAAUACAUCUCAGCACCUAUCUGUGCAACAUUCCUUCAUCUCCAAUCUCUUAUCAACCCAAUCCUCGUCUCACUGCGUCUAUCUUACAUUCGAACAAGCAUCAAAAACAAACUAGCAACUGUGUUUAAUUGGAACUGA